AUGAGUUUGGUUACUAGAGAAGCUACAUUGAGGACUCUCAAAGCUUGUUUGACUAAGGCUCAAUGCAGAAUGAAAUCACAAGCUGAUAAAAAGAGGACAGACGGGACCUAUGACAUUGGUGAUUGGGCCUAUAUCAAGUUUCAACCAUACAUACAACUAUCCCUUAGAUCUCACACAUUUCAUAAACUUUCAGCUAAAUUCUUCGGUCCUUUUCAGAUCACUGCCAAGGUUGGUCAAGUUGCUUACACCUUGGACUUACCUGAGGAUGCUAAAAUCCACCCCAUCUUUCACAUUUCACAACUAAAGAGGAAACUUGGUUCUCAGUCUGCUUCAGCUACCCUCCUUGUUUUUCAUUCAGACUCAGGUCAUGCGCUCCUAACUCCUGAAGUUGUAUUAGACAGGAGAUUGAUUUAG